AUGAGAUUGGCUUUGCAGUGUGCAGAUGGCGGUCUCGCGCUCUUUCGAUUCGUGAGCAUCGAUCCAUGCUUUUCUUUUUUCCCUGCUUUUUGGACUUGUUUUGAUUGUUUAUGCGGCGCGCCUCUGCUCCUGUUUGAGCGCAUACAUGGGUCCGUGUUCAACGACCAGGUCUUUUACUUCGAUUCUGAACGUAGCGUGAUAUGCCUGAAUUCCAUAUGA